AUGAUUAUUACCAUGCAACUCAGUUUGGUUUUGCUCGUAACUUCUGUGGCGAUUGGAAACCACGCUGCCGCCAUUAGCCCGGCAGCCUCGAGUUAUUGGGGUGGGUUCUCCGCCUUGGAAACUCUUUUCGUUUUCGGUGAUUCUUACUCCAGAACUGGAUUCGACCCUUCAAGCGAGGAUCAACCCUCCUCCUCGAACCCACUAGGUAACCCAGCGUUUCCAGGCAGGACUAGCGCAAAUGAUCCUAACUGGGUUGGACAUUUGACGACAACAUUCAACGAGUCAGGUUUCCUUGCUUACAACUUUGUUGCUAGCGGAGCAACUCUUGACAUCUCGAUCGUCAAUAACAACGAUUACGACGUAAUCCAAGAAAUCGAGUCAUUUAUGACUUAUUAUAAAGUGGGAGAAACAUUCGAUGGAAACACGUCCCUUUUCGCAGUUUGGAUUGGUAUCAACGACAUCGCGAACAGUUAUUUGAGUGACGACCUAGAUGUUCAUGAGAAUAUUUUCAAGAGUUUCAGAUAUCGCAUUGCUUCUCUCUAUGAAGCGGGCGCUAGAAAUUUCCUUUUCUUAACUGUCCCGCCGCUCGAGCAUGCCCCUCGCAUUACUGGAUCUAGCGCAUCAGCAACAAGAGUCCCACUAAUGGCCAAUGCGACAGCUCAUUGGAACUCAGAGUAUAAGGUCUUUCAGAAACGUAUCAAUUAUCUUUACCCGAACGCCACUGUUUUCGUUUAUGAUACAUAUCCUCUUUUCCAGAAAGUCAUCAAUGACCCGUCUCAGUUCGAGGAGACAGCUGUGUACAAGGAUACCACCACUUACUGCAAGGCUUACCAGAGUGGGACUGAGGAGAUUGAUACGAAGCUUGAUGACUGCGAGUUCGCGGCAAAUCAGUACCUGUGGCUUAACAGCUUCCGUCCUACCUCACCCAUGCACAAGCUCCUUGCUAAGGACGUAGCUAGGUUUUUGAAGUCCGAUUAA